CGGCGCCCACGUGACCGCGCGCGCGGGGAGCGAUGGCGGCGAGGCUGGCGGGCUUCCUGCUGCUGCUGGGGCUCGCAGCGCCCGGGCCCGCGCCCGCCGCUGCCGCCAAGAUGAAGGUGGUGGAGGAGCCCAACGCGUUCGGGCUCAACAACCCGUUCCUGCCCCAGACUAGUCGCCUCCAACCCAAGAGGGAUCCUUCACCCGUGUCUGGGCCCGCGCACCUCUUCAGGCUUUCUGGCAAGUGCUUCAGCCUGGUGGAGUCCACGUACAAGUACGAGUUCUGCCCGUUCCACAACGUGACACAGCAUGAGCAGACCUUCCGCUGGAACGCCUAUAGUGGGAUCCUGGGCAUCUGGAACGAGUGGGAAAUCUCCAACAACACCUUCAGGGGCAUGUGGAUGAGGGACGGCGACUCCUGCCGCUCCCGGAGCAGGCAGAGCAAGGUGGAGCUUACCUGUGGGAAAAGCAGCCGCCUGGCGCACGUGUCUGAGCCGAGCACCUGUGUUUAUGCGCUGACGUUCGAGACGCCUCUCGUCUGCCACCCACACUCCUUGUUAGUGUACCCGGCCCUGCCCCCCGCCCUGCAGCAGCGGUGGGACCAGCUAGAGCAGGACCUGGCUGAUGAGCUCAUCACCGCCCAGGGCUAUGACAAGUGGCUCAGGGUGCUUUUUGAGGAUGCCGGCUACCUAAAGACCCCAGAACAAAGUGAAUCGGUGCUGGAAGGAGGCGCCAAGGACCUGGCCUUCCAGACCUUAGAGAGCUGCCGUGAGGCACAUAAAGAGCUGGCGAAGGAGCUCAGGAGACUGAAGAGCGUGCUGACCCAGCACGGCAUCCCCUACACCAGGCCUGCGGAGACUUCCAGCUCCGAGCACGUGGGCCCCAAGACACCCCCAGACGGGACAGCGGAGCCGCUCCGAGGCGACCCAGGACUGCAUGGGAACACCUUGUGACCUGAGACUGGCAGGAAGGGGAGGCAGAUUUCUAGGGAAAAACGACCCAAUGCAGACCAGAGAAGAUUCAAGUCCUCACCAAAACCACACCCGUUCUCAGGAGCGUUUCUGCCAUGGCUGGGCGGCUGGGCUCUCUCUGCAAGCCCGGGGUCACUGGAGUGGCUGUGGUAAUCGCCAGGCUACCCUGCAGCCUGGGAGCCUCACCCCUGCAAGCUGGCAUCCAUCCGGCUGCAGGAAGCGGCCGUGGGCAAGCCUCUGGUCUCAAGCCACCCGAGUGGGAGCCAGGACACCCUCCUAGCAGGCUCACGAGGCUACAGAGGCUCAGGCACGGCUUUGUGAAGUUAAUAUGAGAGCCUCCACCAUCGGGGCCCUGGGCCGCGCUUCCCCUCAGAGGAACACACAAACCCGAGGGAAGGGCGUCCUCCGCCCCUCGUGCGAGGCUCAGGCACUUAGAAAAGCGGCCGCGGGUCACGGAGCAUGAUUGGGCUCAGCGCCACUGCAUGGUCCUGGAAUAUAAAACUCCAAUUAAUGUGCGUGUGCACGCAAUUAGGAGUCCCUUUCACAAAAUUAAAAACCUCUAAAUGUG